AUGGAUUUCCCUCAGCACAGCAAACAAGUCCUGGAGCAGCUGAACCAGCAGCGGCAGCUGGGUUUGCUCUGCGACUGCACCUUUGUGGUGGAUGGCAUCAACUUCAAGGCCCACAAAGCUGUGCUGGCAGCCUGCAGUGAAUACUUCCGGAUGCUGUUCGUUGACCAGAAGGAUGUGGUGCACCUGGACAUCAGCAAUGCUGCAGGCCUGGGCCAGGUUUUGGAGUUCAUGUACACAGCUAAGCUGAGCCUAAGCCCCGACAACGUGGAGGACGUGCUGGCUGUGGCAGGUUUCCUGCAAAUGCAGGAGAUUGUCAGCGCUUGUAAUGCUCUCAAAUCCCUCUCCAUGCCCCCAGAAAGCUCCCCCAGGAGCCAGCAGCCCCCAGAGAUCGGGGCCAACAAGGCCUCGGUUGAUGACAAGACGUCAGUGGCAGAAGCACUGGGAGAUCUUGACAAAAUCAAACCAGCUCUUCCCAGUGCCGAGGGGAAGGAAGAGAAGCCUGAGGCCGCGGCACAGCCCGAGGCACCAGCAGAGCAGCCAGGUAGCCAGGAAGAGAUGAAGCUGGAAGGGAAGGAGGAGGAAGGGGAGACGAUGGAGGAGGAUGAGACUAAAAUUCCUGAGGAAGAGCAGACCCAGUUGGAAAACGGAGAGAGUGCUGAGGAUAACGAAUCAGGAAGCACCGACUCUGGACAGGAAAAUUCGGGUGAACCGCGGCUGUUGCGCUCCGGCACGUACAGCGACCGCACCGAGUCUAAGGCCUACGGUUCCGUCACACACAAGUGUGAGGACUGCGGGAAGGAGUUCACCCACACCGGGAACUUCAAGCGGCACAUCCGUAUCCACACUGGAGAGAAGCCCUUCUCCUGCAGGGAGUGCAACAAGGCCUUCUCCGACCCAGCCGCGUGCAAGGCCCACGAGAAGACACACAGCCCGCUGAAGCCGUAUGGCUGUGAGGAAUGUUACCGCUGUGAGGACUGUGGGAAGCUCUUCACCACCUCGGGCAACCUCAAGCGACACCAGCUGGUCCACAGCGGGGAGAAGCCCUACCAGUGCGACUACUGUGGCCGCUCGUUCUCUGACCCCACUUCCAAGAUGCGGCACCUGGAAACCCACGACACCAACAAGGAGCACAAGUGUCCCCACUGCGACAAGAAGUUCAACCAGGUGGGAAAUCUGAAGGCUCACCUGAAGAUCCACAUUGCGGAUGGGCCCCUGAAAUGUCGCGAGUGUGGGAAGCAGUUCACCACAUCAGGUAACCUGAAACGUCACCUCCGGAUCCAUAGCGGUGAGAAACCCUACGUCUGCGUCCACUGCCAGCGCCAGUUUGCCGACCCUGGAGCGCUCCAGCGUCACGUCCGCAUCCACACCGGAGAGAAGCCAUGCCAGUGUUUGAUCUGCGGGAAAGCCUUCACGCAGGCGAGUUCCCUCAUCGCCCACGUGCGCCAGCACACAGGGGAGAAGCCGUAUGUGUGUGAGCGAUGUGGGAAGAGGUUUGUCCAGUCAAGCCAACUGGCCAAUCACAUCCGGCACCAUGAUAACAUACGACCCCAUAAAUGCACCGUCUGCAACAAAGCCUUCGUCAACGUGGGUGACCUCUCCAAACAUAUCAUUAUCCACACUGGGGAGAAGCCAUUUCUGUGUGACAAGUGCGGGAGGGGGUUUAACCGUGUGGAUAAUCUGCGAUCCCACGUGAAGACGGUGCACCAGGGCAAGGCUGGGAUCAAAAUCCUGGAGCCAGAGGAAGGCGAUGAAGUCAACAUCGUCACGGUGGCGUCCGAUGACAUGGUGACAUUGGCCACCGAGGCACUGGCUGCCACUGCUGUCACACAGCUCACAGCACUUAAAGCCGAGAUCACCAAAGCUGUGAAGCAGGUGCAGGAGGCAGAUCCCAACACUCAGAUCCUUUAUGCCUGCGAUUCUUGUGGGGAGAAGUUCCUGGAUGCCAGCAGCCUGGCGCAGCACGUGCGCAUCCACACAGCCCAAGCCCUCGUCAUGUUCCAGGCCGACACGGACUUUUACCAGCCCUACGGCACUGCGGCCUGGCAGGCAGAGCAGGUCAUUCCCGCCGGAGAGCUCCUCUUCCGGACCCGGGAUGGCCCUCCCGAGCACCCUGCUGCCCCCGCUGAUCCUCAGCCCCAGCCCGAGUGA